AUGUCAACGACUCAUUUACUUCUCGUUUUCCUACUGGUCUAUUCGCACUCUGUCAGAUUUGAUUCAAUUUUCGCUCCCCUUUUUCAUUCAAUGGAACCAAGGCUCUUAGCAGUGCUCUCAUCGCUUAUUUCCACUGCCAAAACAUUUUCUUCUUAUAAUAAUCAUUGUUCUUGUGCUAAAUGCACUUAUCGGGAAAAACCGAAGGAAAUUGUAAUGCGUUCAACAGCUAAAGAAUUUGCUGUAAAAACCAUUUCCGUGAUAAAGACUCAUCACAUUAUACAACAAACAUAUAUUACGUUUUUUCUAUAUCCAAAGUGA